AUGCGAUACUAUAUCACAGUGUUGAGUCAUUAUUUGACUGCAAGCGAGCAGGUCAACUCUUUUCUAUCAGAGUUUCUACCUAUGGCUAUGGAGUCGAGCGUGCUUUACGAUGCGCUGGUAGCCUUUGCUUCUGGUCACUUAUCGCUCUCGAAUGAGUCAUAUCGAGUCUCUGCCUUGGAGGCACACUCGACAGCAAUUACCAAUCUGGCCACAGCCCUCAGUCAACCGCAGCAUGAAACUACAUGGUACGAGACCAAAGCGGCAACAUGCUUAGCCUUUGUCAUUGGUGAGGUAUGCGUGGGAGACAAUGAUGGGUGGAGUGCCCACCUGAACGGCGCCAAGCUCAUCAUUGAGUCAGCCGUGGCCAACUCCAGCUCAGGCACGACCUUGCGAGGUCCGGAAGUCUUCAAACGGAGCUCCGAAGGCCAGUGGAUUCUUCGAAACUUUGCAUAUCACGACAUGAUUGGCAGCGUGACAAUGCGGAGGAGGCCGCUGCUGGACUGCAGCUAUCUGGAUGGUAUUACGGAUGUUGUGGACACCUACCUAGGCGUGGCCACGGACCUUUUGCGCCAUGUUGCUACUUUGAGUAGCAUCGACGAAGAGACCAGGCUGGAUGUUGAUAUGGGAACGGAGGAAAAAACCAGAAGAAGGGAGGUGUUUCAAGCCACCUGUGAAGAAGUCGAGCAAGAGCUGCAAGAUUGGCGGUGCAGACCAGACGCCGCUCCAGAACUUGCUGCUCUGGCACAUGCAUUCAGAAGCGCCGUCUUGAUUGUUCUAUUUCGACUGAUUCGAAGUCGACUGAGUUCGGAGGAAGGGUCUACUCGAGACGAAAGCUCCGAAGCAACGACAUGGGGCGUACUACCCACAAAGUUGCGGACCCAGGUGUCCAAUACCCUGAGGCACGUAUCUGAUAUUCCGGUUGGGUCACACACAGAGUCGGCAAUACUCUUUCCGCUCUUCCUUGCCGGCGGCGAGGCGACUGAAGAAGAACACAUGGAUGCUGUCCGUGUUCGGUUGCAGAUGACGUUGCAGAAACGACGAUUCCAGAACAUUUCUCGCUCUUUGAUAAUACUAGAAGAACUAUGGCAAAGGCGGCAGAGCUCUGCUUUGACGGAGAAGGUAGAUUGGACCGACAUCUUGGAUGAAACUGGGGAACAUCUACUCUUGACCUAG